CCACCCAUGUGGAGGUCGGGGGGGGGUGUAGAGUCCACUCAGCACCCCGCUUUUUGUGAGCAGCAGCAGGUUUCUGCAGCCCCCCGAGUCUGACAGACACCCUGCAGAUCUCUCAAGGYUCCAUCUGAAGGAGGAGACUCUGGUCGUUGAAUCUCGGGUGCAUCUCCUUUAUGGUUCUAUGUGUCGUCAUGAAGCACCAGUCCAUUUCCCGCUGGCUGAGCCAACUGGGACUGCCACAGUACUGCACGGUGCUAGAGGAGGAAUAUGAUGGUGUUGAGGAUCUUCUCCACCUCUCAGAAUAUGACCUCUUGGAGCUCGGGGUCCACAACCACCUUCACCGCCUGCACCUUCUUACRUCGCUGCACCUCCUGCAGGAGCGAGAGAAGAGGAGAGAGUUAAGGAUGAUGGCUGAGGGGCGUUUUGCCAGUCUGCCCAGGUCACUUCAUGCCCACCACGCCUUAGGAGGAGGUGCCGCCCACCCUGGAGUCCACAGCACCUCCCCUGGUACCCCCAACAUCUCCCCCACCAGGAAGCUUCAGGCCUCUCUCACCGCCUCCAUGGACCUCCUCAGCUCCAACUCUGGCCUCUCUGCAGGCCCGGGCAGCGGCCUAUCAGAAGUUCCCUCUGCAGCCUACCAGCCAGUCUCGUUACAUGGAACUCUGCCCCGGCGCAAGAGAGGAGGCACUGGCAUCACUCAUGGGAACCACACCUGGGACCCCAAAACCAGUCAAACACAACCAUUCCUUUGUGGGAACACUGCGGUGUCUCCUGGACACAUCCAUCAACCUGCAACAUCUUCACAGAUUCAGAAUACCACCGAUGACUUCAAAAGUUACAGGCAUCAGCUAAACCGAGAGGAGCUAAAGAAGCAGCAUCAGCACCAGUCGAGGUCCCGCCUGAACUCAAAGCCGAGCGGCUCCGCAGUUUUAUUUAUGGAGAGGGACCGGACUACACGGAGCAGAUCUUUGAGUCUCUCUGGAAAGAUGUGCUCUCUGAACCGGACCGUGUCUCUGUCUGUCUUUCCCAGGGACCCUGCAGCCGCCCUGGACGCCGCGGUCGACUAUGUCAAGGUAGUGAUGCUGAACGAAGCUUAUUCCAGAGUUGAGUACCGAAUCGACAGAGAAGGAUUCGGCAGCGUUCCUUCCCUCAUCAGAUAUUAUGUUGGCAACAGAAAACCAGUCUCACAGGUGGUGGACGCCAUCAUCUUCCAGCCRGUCAACCGGUCGAUGCCGCUGCGCUGCUUGGAGGAAAAAUACAGGCCGUCGAGCARCCACAAAGAGGCGGGGCUUACGGAACCGGAGAGGCGGGGCCACAACCGUCUYAGCCUCAACCUGACCAACGGGCACACGCACGGCAGCGCGCACGACGGCCCGCACUGCCAGGACGSGGCGUCGAUCCGAAACAACCAGCUCAGGCUGGCAGAUCGCUGCGGCAGCCAACCAGCAAGUCUGAACCAAGUCCAGGAGAGGCGACGCCCACUGAAGGCCCACCAAUCAGAAAGCUUCUUACCUCUGGGAUCCAAGCCCCUGCCCCCGCARCCCCCCGACCCGCAUCUCCCCAGCCCCAAGUCGCCGGUGUUUCGGACCGGCAGUGAACCAAUGCUGAGCCCCUCGGUCCAACACAGACUARCAGCACCUCAGACAAAUCAGGCAAUCCGUGGUUCAGACAGCCAGCUGUGCCCCAAACCGCCUCCCAAACCCAGCAAAGUGUCCCUGGCUCGACUGCCCCGCUCCCCCGGCCUCCAGCCCCUGAUGCCCCCCUCCGUCUCCACCUCCACCGGCCUGGCUGCAGCUUCUUUGAGCUCCACAGGUGUGGAAACUUUAGCUUCCUCCUGGAGGGGUGGAGCCUCCCCAGGACCUCCUGUCCCAGCGAAGCCCCARAAGCUAAAACGCUCCCUCGCCCCCGCAGACCCCCACAGCUCUUGCUCUCCCGCGGUUUCACCCGCCGAAGGUGUUCCUGACUCAGAGGUGACGACGGGACGGACGAAGCCGCUGCCGCCGACCCCCGCUGACCUGCUCCUGAAGUUCCAGAACUUCGACCUGGAGCGACGCCCGCCGGUCUGCAGCUACGUGGAGAGGCUGAAGAGAGAGAGGGGGAAGGGGAGGUGCGAGGGCCGGGAGCAGGAGGUGGACGUGCAGAGGCUGCUCGACAGGAGCUCCUACCACCACGCCAUCGCUGCCUUGGAAAACACCAGCGAGGAGGAGGAGGAGCUUGGCAGGGAGGAGGAGGAGGAGGGUUUGAGGGAAAAGGAGACGUUUGUUUUCCAGCGCCCGGUUGUAGAGACGGAGUCCGUGUUCAGGCCGUACGACUUCGGGUCCCGKCUUCUGCCGGCCGAGAACAAACCGCUGGAGAUGGUUGUUCUGAAGCGAGCGAAGGAGCUGCUGCUGAGCCACGAUCACCAGAGCAUCGCACAGCACCUGCUGAUGGCCGACUGUCAGGUUGCGAGGAUCCUCUGCGUGACCCCGCAGCUGAAAGGCCAGAUGGGCGUGUCCUCGGGUCUGGAGCUGGUGACGCUGCCGCACGGCCGCCAGCUGAGGCUGGACCUGAUGGAGAGGCACCACACCAUGGCCAUCAGCAUCGCCGUGGAUAUCCUGGGAUGCACGGGCAGCGUGGAGGAGCGGGCAUCCACCUUAAACCGCAUCAUCCUCGUCGCCAGGGAGCUGAAGGACUCGAUGGGCGACCUGUUCGGUUUCACGGCCCUCAUGAAAGCUCUGGACAUGCAGCAGAUCACUCGCUUGGAGGAAACCUGGACGACUUUACGCAGGAACUUCACGCAAACCGCAAUCAGCUACGAGAAAACGCUGAAACCUUUCUACAAGAAUCUGUAUGAAGCUGAAGCCUCCUCUCCCACAGUGGUCUGCGUCCCACUCCUGGUGCCCCUCCUCACCUUGAUGGAGCGUCCGUCAAUCGCACCCGAGGGGGCGGAGCUCUGGGAGACCAACGAUCAGGGCUGCGACAUCAUGCUGCGCCACCUGGAGGCCGCGCGCGACGUGGCCAACAGCGCUCAGAGCUACACGGCCAACGCACAGAAGAUCCUACAGGGGUUUCAGUGUGACGAGGAUUUGAUGGAGGUGUUUAAAACAGACUUCCAGCUGCGGCUGCUGUGGGGAAGUCGCGGAGCCGCGGUCAACCAAUCGGAUCGCUUCAGUAAAUUCAACCUCAUAUUGACCGCGUUGUCRAGGAAACUGGAGCCCCCGCCCACAACGCAAACUUUAAUCUGAUUCUACGGACGGAGACUUUGAGCUCUGAGCAGAGGUUCUCCACAGCUCCACUCAACACAACCAUCCGUUUGAUUUGGACCUCGGCUCAUCAGAACAACACGUGUUCGUGUUUAUAGUCCAGAGUCACACCAGUUUUUGUUUUGUAACCCAGAAUUACACGCUGUAGUUACCAUACACGCUCUUUMCAGGCUGUACAGCAAACAUAUAACCUUUCAAUUAAAACACAAGAAGAAAAAACCCUCAAGAACCUUUUAACAGGACGACCAAUGAUUGACUGAUUUAAUAGAAACCCUCUGAACAUUAAACGUGUUUUAAAGUA